AUGUCAUCUUAUUCAUCUCCUUCGUCUUCAUCCUCGCUCGCAGAGAAGGCAAUUAGAGCAUCUUCUGCGCAUAGAGACUCUUCUCCUCCUGAAGUGAAGAGGGCUCAUGAGUACACGUCGAUGAAGAGUUUGAACGAGCCAAAGAGAAGCUUUUGGGGAAGUCUAGCUAGUAAAGCAAAGGCUCUUUUAGAUCACGACCCUCAAAGUCCCACCACGAGAUUGGAGGACCACAACGUGCCUUCUUCAGCAACUAAGGAGGGCAUUACAGCUGUGGAGAAUCGUACUGCUGGCAUCAUUCAAGAAACACAUUUUAUUAUACUCAACAAUUUACCACAACAGUUUGCAAUGGCAAUGGCUGCAAAGGCAAAGCUUCUUCUUAGGGAGCUGAAGAUGGUGAAAUCCGAUCUAGCUGAGGUUUAUCCUGUUUAUGUCACUUCACUGUCUUCUUCUUCUUCAUCAAACCCACAAGUCUUGGAGUUCAAGUGA